CGCUCCAGGUGCUGAGUCCGAGGGAGGCCCCGGACGGCAGACCUGCGGUUGCCGCCGCCGCGGGGAGAGCCAUCGUGGGGAAGCUGGGGCCGCGAGGAGCCGCUAGGAGCUGGGUGCGCUGCCGGGCGCUAAUCGCCCUCCUGCUUCUCCGAGGUCCUUCCUCCUCAGGGUGACGCCCCCUCCUGAGCCGCAAGAGAAAGAAGGUCCCAAGGGCCCUUCCGCAGGUUCUCUAGCAGGCCUAGUGACCCAGCAUGGCCCACUGAGGUGAACCAUGACCGGCUGGCCAACACUCACCACUGACCGUCCAGAGUCACAUCUCACCAGGAGGUGACCCUUCCUUUAGCUGCCACCCUACUCGCCUGCCCCACCCAGGAAAGUGCCUGCGCUGCCCCAGACACCAUGUAGUAGGGCGGGCCGCGGCGCCCAGUGAGCUGCGAUGGUUUUGUAUACGACCCCCUUUCCCAAUAGCUGUCUGUCCGCCCUGCACAGUGUGUCCUGGGCCUUCAUCUUCCCAUGCUACUGGCUGAUGGACCGGCUCGCGGCCUCCUUCUCACCCACCACCUUCGAGAAGCGCCAGUGGGCAGACUACCCGUGCUACCUCCAGGUGCUCUGCACGGCAUUCUGCAUACCCAUCUACCUGGCCCUCCUGGUCACCUCACUGCCCUUUGCAUUUCUUGGCUUCCUCCUCUGGUGCCCCCUGCAAUCUGCCCGCCGACCCUACAUCUACUCCCGGCUGGAGGACAAGAGUGCAGCUGGCGGGGCAGCCCUCCUCAGUGAAUGGAAGGGUACAGGUCCUGGCCAGAGCUACUGCUUCACCACUGCCAACCUCUGCCUCCUUCCCGACUCGUUGGCCAGGUGCAACAAUGUCUUUAACACCCAAGCACGGGCUAAGGAGAUUGGGCAGAGAAUCCGCAAUGGGGCCAGCCGGCCCCAGAUCAAAAUCUACAUUGACUCACCCACCAACACCUCCAUCAGCGCGGCCAGCUUCAGCAGCCUGGCGUCACCGCAGAGUGGCGAUGGCACGGCCCGGGCUGUCCCUGGGAGCAUUAAGAGGACGGCGUCUGUGGAAUACAAGGGUGACAGUGGGCGUCACCCCGGUGAUGAGGCUGCCAAUGGCCCAGCCUCCGGGGAGCUGGUCGACAGCGGCAGCCUUGAGGAUGCCUGCAUCGUGCGCAUUGGAGGAGAGGAGGGUGGGCGGCACUCUGAAGCAGAGGACUCUGUCGCUGGGGGUCAGGCCAGGAAUGGUGCCGGAGGGGGCUCGCAGGGGCAGACACCCAACCACAGUCAGCAGGAUGGAGACUCGGGGAGCUUGGGCAGCCCCUCGGCCUCCAGGGAGUCCCUGGUGAAGGCGCGGGCCACAGCGGAUGGCAGCGGGGAGCCAGGUGCCACCAACAGCAAACUCCCGUUAAAGGCCUCCCUGGUGAAGAAGGCAGCCCCACGCAAGAGGCGGCACCCAGACGAGGCCUUUGACCAUGAAGUCUCGGCCUUCUUCCCCGCCAAUCUGGACUUCCUGUGCCUGCAGGAGGUGUUUGACAAGCGGGCGGCCGCCAAGUUGAAAGACCAACUACACGGUUACUUUGAGUACAUCCUGUAUGACGUUGGGAUCUAUGGCUGCCACGGCUGCUGCAGCUUCAAGUUUCUCAACAGUGGCCUCUUCUUUGCCAGCCGCUACCCCAUCAUGGACGUGGCCUAUCACUGUUACCCCAAUGGGCGGCGCUCUGACGGCCUGGCCUCAAAGGGAGCGCUGUUUCUUAAGGUGCAGGUGGGAAGCACACCUCAGGACCAAAGAAUCGUCGGGUACAUCUCCUGCACACACCUGCACGCCUUGGAAGAGGACAGCGCCAUCCGGUGUGAGCAGCUGGACCUGCUUCAGGACUGGUUGGCUGAUUUCCGAAAAUCUACCUCCUCGUCCAGCACAGCCAACCCCGAGGAGCUGGUGGCGUUUGACGUCAUCUGCGGAGAUUUUAACUUUGACAACUGCUCAUCUGACGACAAGCUGGAGCAGCAGCACUCCUUGUUUACACGCUACAAGGACCCCUGCCGCCUGGGGCCUGGGGAGGAGAAGUCUUGGGCCAUAGGCACCCUGCUGGACACGGACAACCUCUACGACGAGGAAGUGUGCACCCCGGACAAUUUGCAGAAGGUCUUGGAGAGCGAAGAAGGCCGCCGGGAGUACCUUGCCUUCCCCACCAGCAAGAGUCCUGGGGCAGGCCAGAAGGGCCGCAAGGACCUGUUGAAGGGCAAUGGCAGGCGCAUCGACUACAUGCUGUACACCGAGGAGGGGCUGUGCCCGGACUGGAAGGCCGAGGUGGAAGAAUUCAGUUUUAUCACCCAGCUGUCCGGCCUGACCGACCAUCUCCCGGUUGCCAUGCGGCUGAUGGUGUCUGCAGGGGAGGAGGAAUCAUAGUCCAGCCAACUCAUCACAAGCAGCGGGGCUUCUGCAAGCCCUGAGCCGCAGCCCCUCCCUGGCUGUGUCCCCGCCAACAAGCACCACUGGUGCUGGGUGAGGAGGGCAGGGGCCCAGGGGGAACUGUGGUCAGUCCCCGGUGAGCUGGAACCAGCGCUGCCCAGCACCUCCGGGCACUUGCCAUGGACCGAGGAGUCAGGCUGGCCCAGGGAGCCCCGGCUGCCCAACCAGUGCCAUUCUUUCAAAACGUGAUUUUCUACAACUCUAUAGCACAACCUAGUUUAUAACCCAUGGUUAGUAUGAGAACCGGGUUUCUGUACUCUUUGUAUCUCUUCUCAAGCUUUGUCCAGGGUUACUUUUGUCUCGCAUGUCCGCACCCUUGCAUGCAUGCUACCUGCAUGCUACAUGCCACGUUGUAGCCACAUAGACCCCUCACUCAGGCCUCACCCAAGGCCAAACUCCAAACACAAUCAGAACCAGCCAAAGAAGCACUCCUGGGCAUGGCCACCAGCUCGCCUCCUCCCGCCCAUUUGGCUCACAAGCAGGGAGCAUGAGGGCUGGUCCAGUUAACAGGGAGCCCGGGCUCUUCCCAGGGUCUUGCAUUCAAGGGCGAUUACAUUUUAAAAAGAAAACCAGAAAAAGCUGAGAACAAAAACAACCCUUCACAGGCUCUGCAAGCCUUGAGGAGCUGCUGCUCUUCAUGAGACAGGCUCCCCCAACCCCCAGCUCCCUCGGGACUCAAAAGUGAGCAAAGGGACUCCAAGGCUCGCUUUUUUAUAGGAAGAAGGGACUCACGGUACAAGGGGGGAGGGGGGCUUCUGGUUUUGAAUGUAGAUUUAUAGCUUCUCUUCUGUCAAAACCAACACAUCUUCCUGCCUGAUUCCCAUCUCCCGUCUGGACACCUCUCUGGUUCAGGACCAAUCCCUCCCCGGGGACUGUCCCGUUCCACAUGCUGGCUGAGCUCAGGAACUAACUGUCUGCCUCUGGAUGGGGCUGUGGCUCUGUCCUCCCAGGCCCAUCCUCUAAAGUGGCCCCAGGGCCCCUAGACAAAGAGGCAGGAAGCCAAGGUGUGGAGAGCAGCUUGUCCCCUUCCCCUCACCAGAGUGCAGGCUGGGGUGGCAAAGCCAGGGGCCACUGCUUGCCUGGGGCAGGGAGUGGUUCUGGUUGGCCUCCAGCCAUACAGAUGCUCUCACUCAGUCAGGGCCAGCCCUGGGCGCCUGAGCACUGUGUGACAGAGCCUGCGGGUGAGGCCCACCGCUCCCCACCCCACGGCAGCGCUGCCUCUGCCCCACCUGCCUUUCUAAACACAUCUGGGGAUGCUCCCCGGAGUCAUGCAGGGAAGGUGUGGUUUGUUCCCAAGUGCAAGGCUCCUCUAACUUGGGGACUCUUCUUGACAUGCCCCUCCCCAGUCUUCCCUCCUCCAAGCACCCUGAGCUUGUGCUUGUCUGGCUCAUAGCCAGCUCUGCCCAGCAAGGCUGGUGUGCCAACGCUGUGCCUUGUCACCUGCUGAGUUGCAAGAGGUAUCAAGAGGGGGCCAAGCAGCCAGCCAGAGGCCAGGCCUUGUGUCAGGAGAAGACACACCUGAGACCAUGCCCACGGUGGCACUAGUUUGUGUAAACCCCCCUGGCCAGGACAGCAACUGGACUGAAGACUUCUUGCUGGGAGCCAGUCGCUGGCCAGACCCCCAGCUCCACCCCCUGCCAGGAGGAGCUGGUCACCGGGAGGGCACACAGUCCUGCCUGGGUCUCUGCUACACCCCUCCCCCCAGGACCUGGCCUCCAGAGCCUUGGCUAGGCUUUGCAGGGUCAGCAAGCCCCCACUCCCAGGAGCAGCCAAGAACCUUGCUCACACAGGCAAGAGUUGUGGGUCCUGCUGUGGCACCUGGAUGGCUGGGCCUGAGCUGAGGCCCCCAGGCUGCCGGUUGGCCAUGUGUCCAGGAAAGCAGAAGAGGUGGACACUAGGACCCCUGAAGCAGAGCAACUCCAGCACAGCUUCCACCCCUCAGAGAGGCUGGCUGCUUCCCAGGACUGCUUGCCUGGAGCUGAGGUGCCAGGCGCAGGGGCCGCUCUCCCUUCUCACAGGGCGGCCUUAGGCCAGUCACACCUCCCUGUGCCUCAGUCAUUGCCUGUCCUAACAAGGUCACCUCUGCCCAGCUGGGCCCAGGCAUCCAGCCCGCCUCACGCCUCCCUGUGGUGGGGCCUCAGCGCCGACGAACCAUCACCCAACCACCCGUUCAUCAAGCCUGAGGACUCCUGGGGCCGUGCACAAGCCAGACUUUUCCAUUUUGAUUUUUAAAAAGAAAGAAAAGAAACAUUGCUACGACUUUAGAUCCUGUGGCAUUUAGGCCUGGAAGGGGUGGACACAGGAGUCACCCAAAACCCCAACCAAGGCUCUAAGCCUGCCCCGGGCCCAGCCUCCCGCAGAGAAGCCAGGAGGCGGGGUUCAGCUCUGAAGGAAAUGGUCAUUCUCAUGUGUCCAAACCACCUUGGGUUUUAAGUAUGAAUAUUAAUCUUGAUGCUUUUUAACUAUUGUAUUAACUUGCUGAGAUUUAGAAAUACUGUUUUAAAAAAACUUUUUUAAUUUCUGUAUUUUUUUCUGUAUUGUAUCCUCAUGGGACAUUAGGGGUUUUUCUAUGGUAAGCACACCUAAGGUUUUGGUAAAAGCAUUAUCAAAUAUAUUUCCAGACGAUUCUUCCCUAGAAGAAAAACAAUCUUUACAGCUGAUAAAAUAUUUUGAAGAGAGAGGUGUUUUUUUUUCCUUUAUUGGUGCUGAAAGGAAGGAUGGACAAUGAGAAAAUAAAACUGUGAGGCUCAA